AUGUUUUUAGUGUUAGCGGAGGAACCCUCCUCUGAGAAAGUGUGCAGUUAUCAGGACAUUCUGGACUACCUGAACCUGACCACCGAUAACGGAGCGUUUAAACUGACCCGGCCUGUUCUGGAUCACACACACCCCACCAUGGUGGAGCUGGACAUCAUUCUCUUUGCCAUCCUGGCUGUGAUUGAGAAAACCCAAACUUUCAUUCCUUUCAUCUGGGCAACAAUGAUGUGGAACAAUGAACGCAUCUCCUGGGACCCCACUCAGUUUUGUGGAAUCACUCAGAUUGCAGUUCCUAGAGACAUGCUCUGGAAACCGGACCUGUUCUUCUAUGAGAUGAUACAGAAGGACGACUCGCCUCUGAAUCCCUACAUGCAAGUGUCCUACGAUGGGAUGGUGACUUCAGAGGAGGACAUGAAGGUGGUCAGCACCUGUCAGAUGGACGUCCACAAGUUCCCUUUUGACACACAGAGGUGCAACAUCACCAUCGGAUCUGCAGUGCACUGCGUCACUGAAAUCCGGCUCACUCCUUUCUCCAACUCCUCUCGGGUCACGCAGUUUUCCAGAGAGGUGAUGAGGACGCAGGGAGAGUGGGAGUUCCUCCAGCUAUCCGUCACCACCACCAAUUUCACCUUCCACGGCAAAUACUGGGAACAGCUUGUAUACACUUUCACCAUGAGGAGGAGGCCCCUCCUCCAUGUCAUCAACUUUCUGCUGCCCAUUCUGUUCUUCCUGAGUCUGGACCUCGCCUCCUUCUUCAUCUCAGACCAUCGAGGAGAGAAGCUGGGCUUCAAAGUCACCGUGCUGCUGGCCAUCUCUGUACUGCUGCUCAUCCUGAACGACAUCCUGCCCUCCAUGUCCAACGAGACUCCUCUCAUAGCCACCUACUGCAUUGUGAUUUUUGCUCUGAUGCUGCUCAGUCUGCUGGAGACCAUCUUGGUUACGUAUCUCAUGGAGAAAGACAAGGAGACGCUCAGGGACGACUGCAAGGACAAGCAGGAAAACGGCAAAGUCGCAAACUGUAACUCAGAGGAGAAAAGACGGACCUGCUGUUCGUGCAUCUGCAAAGUGUCUGAUGGUGAGAAACAGCAUGAACUGCUGCCUGUGGCUGAAGAGGUAAACAACAGCAUUCAGUCAGGAGAGCCUCACGUAUUGCUGUUGAUCCUGGAGGAGCUGAAGGAGCUGCAGAAAGCUCUGAAUCUGCACCUCGGCUGCAGAGAGGAAGGAGGGAAGUCAGUCCAAUGGGCUGCAAGAAUCAACAGAGCUUUCUUCAUGUUCUACAUCACCACCGUGUCGCUCUUCGUACCCCUAAUCUUCAUGGAAUGGAUGUAA